AUGGAUGGUUCCAUCAACGGAGGUGGUCACCUGGACGGUGGGCCUGAGGUGAUUCUGAAGAUUUUCUUCAAAAAUAUUAUCUUUACCAGAUGUUCGAAGCAAAAAACGUGUCCGACCUUAUUGCUUUCAAUGAAGCUUAUCGGGAAAUCGUGGACACGGCGAUCCAAAAGUUCGAGGAGGCUGUGAUGCUGAAUUUGGAAAGAGCGGUAAAAACUUGAAUCAAAAAAAAAAAAUGUUGGAAAAUGCGAUAUUUCAGGCCUAUAUCAAGGAUCAGAAGGAUCUCGUGAAAGCGAGUGAGUUCAUGAAAAGAAAGAUCCCGGUAAAUCAGUACAUGCCGCCGUAUUUUAAAGACGACUGUGGAAUGGUCGGAUUUCAUGGAUUUUUUCGGAAAAAUAUCUUUUUCAGUGUCCUCCGAUGAGUGCCGAAGCCAAGGCAAAACUGCAGUUGAAGUGGUUCGAUCCGCUUAUGAAAGAAGAUAAAAAGUGUGAGUUUUCGAGUAAAUGCUUAUUUUUUGCUCUUUAGUUCACUAUUAAUUUUUUUUUUCAUGCGGAAAUUUUAAUUAUGAAUAGGCCUUAGUUACAUUUAAAUUUUUCACAAGUUACUACUAGGGGCAGUUUUUCUUGUGUGUUUCCUAAACCCUGGGGUUUCCAGGGACGCCCGCAGAGCUGAAACUUCUUCGUGGCGGCGUCAAAGAUAAUCUCAUUUGCCAACAAGUUGAACUAUUAAUCAACAGAAGGUAUUGUGGAGGAAGAUACAUAAUUGAAGAUGUUUUCCAAGAGAAAUAAUCGCGGCGAAACUGAAGACCGCCGACGUGAACAUGAUGUCUGUGGAGAGACGGCAACUCGUCACCGAUUUGGAGGAAAUCAUGCGCAAAAUCGCCUAUUUCCGCAAUCAGAAGGACGAAGAUGUUCUUCUUCCGGCGACCGAUUACUCGAAAGUCCGCUUCGAUGAGAUCGCUUCCACCCUUGUUCGUGUAGUUUCUCUUUUUGGGAGGGAAUAUCCCAAGUUUCAAACAGAUUCUCAUGAUGGUUAAACAGCCGGGCUAUCAGCGGGUCUACCCGAAUUAAACCCGUAUUGUUCUUAAACUUUGGCGUUUUUAAGCAUAGCUGAGGCAUAUUUUUAAAACAGUUGAGGCUCGGAUUUUCGAAAGAAAUCUGCCUAUUUCUUUUUAUUUUUCGUCGGUUUUAGACGAAAAAAGCCUCAAAAAACACGGGAUUAAAAUUGGCAUGAAAGGUUUUAGAAAAUCAAGAGAAGUUGAGGAAGCAGGGAGACCCGUCAAACCAUUGAAAUAUUAGAAUUUUGACUCCGCUUUUAAUAUUUUUUGAACAAAAGCUGCGAAAUUGACCUGAUUCACAAAGUUCCUGUAUGCCCCAUUUUGACCAAAUUUGCGUCGAAUUUUACUUUUCUGACGUAAUUGAUCGAAGUUUUCUUUUUCCUAUAGUUUUUUAAAAAUAGUUGUCGUAAAUUUUGAACUUUUUUUUUGUUUGAUAGGGAAAUUUCAUUGGACUUUGACUUUUUUCAAAAAAAAAAAAAACUCGAAAAGACCGAAGAAGAUUUCUAGUUCAAAGGAGGAGUUCUAAUCAAUAAUAAAGAAUAUGUAUUCAAAAUAAAGAUGAAAUAUUCAUUUUUUUAGUCGAAAAAAAUUGAGUUUUUUUGGAUAAUCUUUUUGGUUCAGUUCAAAGGACAGCGAAGCGGGAACGCACUCAAAGCGAAAUGGAUGAACGAACAAUCGCCCAAAUGGAGCAAAGAGCCGUGGACGGCGACCGAAGUCGAAACCCUCAAGGACCUCAGAGAGGUUAGAAGAAAAAAAAACAUUUUUUUUCAGUUUUUGAGUGGAAAAUAACAAAAGUAUGGAAAGAAUUAUCAGAAAAUUAUGUUUUUUCAUUUUUUGAUAUAAUUUUGCUCGAAAAUCAAGUAGAUCUUCGAAAUCACGAAAAGUCUCAACAGAACAUUCGAAACUCCUAGGCCCGAUUUUCACAAAAUAAAACGAUUUUUCAGAGUCCGGAGUUCGUUUCCUGGCCCCUUCUCGCCCUUCAGUUGAACACCAACAGAACUGCUUUUCAAUGUUUCGAAAAAUACAAAACCGACGUCGUUCAAAUCAGCAAGUGAAUAUUUUUCCUCAAAAAGGGUGAGAAAUGUCAUUUUUGCAGAGAAUGGACACAGGACGAGGAUCAGAAAUUGAUCGGAUUGACCAAAGUUUUGACGAUCAAUGGCGUCAUUCAAUGGGAUAAGGGUGAGAAUGUUGUGGACAUUUACUUUCUUUUCAUGAAUUCGCCAUUUUUUUCAUUUUUUUGAAACUUUUUCUGCAUUCUUCAUAGCGCGUUCAAAGCGAUUUGCGCGAAAUUCUUAUUUAUCUCUGGCUCUCCAAAAAUUAAGUUAUCUUUUUUUCCCUCUCUGACGAUUAUUUUUUUAUUUUUUUGCGGGAUAUCUUUCAACAUGGCAUUACGGUUUCAAAAAGUGAAAUGAUAGAAUUUUUUUCAAACAAGGAAAAAAAUUCCAAUCUUAAAAAAAUUUUCGUCAACCAAAAUUUUUCUAGAGGAUAACAAAGAUUUUUUUUCCAACUUCAGAAAAUAGAUUUUGUGAGAAGAAAAAAUAAGCACGUUCAAAAAUUAUAUUCUGGUUUCGAAUUUUUCAUAAAAAACAAUUGAGUGAGAUGUUGGAUUUUUAAAAAUUGAAUCGAAUUUUCUAACCUUGUGACAAACUUUGAUCGCGAUUAGUUUAUUUUCUGCCGAGAUAUGGAUUUUUCGGAGCUUUUUACCGUAAUCCUUUGUCACCGUAUCUGGAAAACAUGCCGAGUAGGAUAUCUUUUUUCAACUAAUUCCAAAACUCGUGCUGUACAAAAUAUUUGAUUCAGAGAAAAAGUUACCAUAACGCCGUAUUUUUUUUUCAAGUAAUCUAAAAUUCAAAUUUCGCAGAACAAGUCGGCGCCUACAUGAGUUUUCUUUUAAAGAUAUUCGAUAAUUUUUCAUUUUUCUAGUCGCUCAGUUCAUGCCGGGACGUAGUCGGCAGCAAGUAAGAACACGAUUUUCGCAUACUUUGGACUCCCAAGUGAAACAUGGGCGUUGGACGGAUCAGGAGGACCUGGUGAGGGACCAAAAUUCAAGAAAAAGACUGAAAUAAUCCAAUCUCAGCUCCUCAUUUGUUCCGUGAGCCGUUUGGGGGCAAAAGAUUGGUCGAAAGUCGCCUUGGCUGUGCCGGGACGAAAUGAUUCGCAGUGUCGUGAAAGGUAUAUAUUCAAAAAAACGAUUACAUAAAUAUUUUUGUAUACAUUUCACAUUUUGAAGUUUUGGUUGGAACGUAUUUUUGAAAGUCGAUUUGAGUUUCAUUCCUUUAAAAAGUUUUUUUUUUCUUUCUAGAGAUACUUUGAAGCCGGACUGACUCUUUCCUUUCUUCUUUCUUCAAAAAUGAAAAAAAAAAUCAGAUUUUCAUAUGUUAAGAAGAAGAAAAAAAGAGUAUGAAAGUCUUUCGAAUUUAUCAACAAAAAAAUUUUUCUCGGAUUAAAAAAAGUUUUUAGCUUUUUAUUUUUGACUGAAAAGCGACUGCGCUUCGAAAUUUCUCUAAAAAAAGAAUUUUUCUGUGUUUUUUUCCGCUUUGAAAAAAACGUUUUUCCUUCAUGUUUUUUUCAUCUGAAAAAAACUUUCGGAAAUAUUCGAAGACCCAUUUGAAAUUCGAAAAACUGAUGAGGAUUUAUUUCAAUUGAACAACAUUUUGAAGGUUUUUUUAAAAGUUUUUUUGAAAAUUAAAAAGUGAUGACCCGAAAAUAGUCAGAUUAACGUUCCAAUUUACGGUUUUCUGUGCCUAGAAUAAAAUUUAAAAAAAAUUUAUUUUGGGAAUUCAUUUCAGGAAUUUUUGAACUGUUUUAUUUGUUGUUGUCUAACUUUUUUCACUAGUGAAUUAUUUGUUGAAAUGAGGCUCCCGAAAAUGAACAAUUCUUAGUUCAAAUAAUCUGGAUGGCAAUUUCCUUAACACCCUUCUCAUUUUUAACUAUUUAAGAUGGGUGAACGUCUUGAAUAAGCCGUCGAAUUCCGACAAAUUCACGGCCGAAGAAGACGAACAGCUUCUGUAUGCCGUCAACGUCUUCGGAAAAGGUACAUUUCUUUAUAUCAUGUUUCGAAAUGUUUCGAAAUUGAGGAAAUUGGGCGAAAUGCGCGGCUUUCAUGAAGAACAAAAAUUGCCGACAGUUGCGCAGACGCUACGUUCAGCUCAUCUCCACCAAACUCAAGGUUUUCUUUAUCCUUAUGUUGUUUUUUUUAUCAAUUGAAAUUUUAGUAAAAUCUUGAUAACGUUUCUCAGAAGCAGUAAAAAUUGAAUGGUUUGCUAACUUUACCAAAAUGAUGAUUUUUACGUGUAACUUUGCAGGGAGAAAAAGAAAACUCGUAACUUUCAUUUGAAAUUUUAUUGACGCGUGAAAGUCGUUUUGUGGUCGGCUGCAAAAAUUUGACUAGAAUGAAAAGAGUGUAAAAUUGCUCGAGUGAAAAAGUAGGGAAAAAUUAAUUUUAGUAGUUUUUUUCAAAGCGUUUGAGGAAAUUUCGAAUUUUUUUAUUUAGAAAAUUUUUGAUUUCCUUUCAAUUUUUUUCUUUGGAUGGUGCGAUUUUUUUAAAUUUCCGAAUUUGAAAAAUUUUUUUCUUUCAAAAUCACACCGAAUUUGUACAGAAACAACGAAAAUAGUAACUUUUAAAAAAAGUUGGAAAAAGUUGUCAUUUUUUUCAAUACUUUUUCAUCCUUUUUUUAAAUUUGCAAAUUUAUUUUUUUCGAUUUUUUUCCAUGAAAUGGAAAGAAAUUAUUUUUCAGCUGGUCACCGGACAAUGCACGGCAAUGAGCUCCUUGACGCCAAUCACAAAAAAAUGCGGACCCAGAUGAAGCAGAUGCUCCCGCUCCGCCGAAAAUCCUCAGGGUUUUUUUCUUCAAUUUUUACUUUUUUUCUCUAAAAAAAUAAAGAUUUUUAGGUCUUCAAUAAACUCGCCGAAUACGCCGAAUACGAUGACGAAACUUGCGACGAUUUCCUGAAACGCGUCAAUCAGGCAACUUCGACCCAGAGGGCUGGGGUGGGACAUUUUUUGAAGUGUGACAGAAGUGAAAUAGAGAUCAAAACAGAAUUUUUUUAAUAUAAAAAAACGUAUCGGAUUGAGAGGUUUGGAUGCUAAAAUUUUAGGAAAAGGAAAAAAUUGAAGUUUUUCUAACCGAAAUUAGAGAUUGCAGCUUUUUGAAGAAUUUACCUGGUUUUUCAAAAAGGAAAAAGAUCAAAAAAAUUGGGUGGAUGGGUUUGAAUAAUGGGCGCUUGGGAAUGAACGAAAUCUUAAAAAAAUGAUGAAAAUUCGAAAAAUUUCGUGGUUAAAAAAAUUAUUUAUAUAUAAAACUGAUAGAAAUUUUAUAAAAAAAAUAAUUUGAAAUUCAAAAAAAAUAAAAUAAUGAACCGACACUACAUUUUUCCAUAAGACUAUGUAACUGAAAAGCUCAAAAUUCUCCUUUUUUGGGUUUUUCUUUUUCUUUGAAAAUUAUUGAUAUUCUAUUUUGAGUACUGAGAUUUUUUAAAGGACCUUUUCUUUUCAAUAAAGCUGCUAAUGAGACGGGGCCCUGUAGCGACGCGACCGAGCCAUUUUCUUUAAUUUUUUCACAAAUUUCUUUUCGAAAGUUUUACUCAUUUUCAACUUUGCGCGGGUCACCCAGAUCGCGUGGCGCUCUGUCGAAAGCUUUGAUGUUCAAGCAGUUUCCCAGUUGAAUUCCAUUUUCGUUCACAGAUGGCUCAGCGCUACGCGAAACUGCGCAGAUCAGAACAUUGGGACACGAUCGAGGCGAAUCUGAACGAAAUCAGCGCCAAACAUCGUUCUUCCACGGAGGAAAUCACCUCGAAUGACAUCCUCAGGAAGCUUCAUAUCACUGACAAGUUUUCCUAUUUUCUGUAUGGAUUUGAUGGAUUUUGUAUCGAUUUUCAGUGAUGUCCGAUACUUGUUGGAACGGGGAAUCCGGCAGAAAAUGUUCUAUCGAUGCAGAUUGAACCGAAGGGUUGGUUUUGCAAGAAAAACUCAUACCGAAGAAAGAAAUUAUUUUAAUUAUUUUUUUCGACCAAUUCAAAAGAAUUUUUUUCGCACAAAAUCCUGUAUAUCAGUGAUAAGUAUACUAUCGUUCGUUGCAAACAGUUUUUCGAAUUUUUAUUAGCGCAGAAAUCGAAAAUUACCUGAAGUAUUCCUGAAAACGGGUUAUCACUCGAGUGACCACUUUUAAAUGGUCUAUGCUCCUAUAAAAAAUUUUUUAACUGAUUCAAUUUGGAAAGAACUUUCAAAAAUACCAACAUCCACACGUUUUAUUUUCUUAUAUUAUUUUUAUAUUGACCUUUUUUUUGCUCCGCGGUUUCCCCCCAAGUUUCCAUAUGUUUCUAAAAGAAUAUAUAAACCGUGUACGAAGGAAUUCAGACUGUUUUGACCAUUUUUAUCCUCAAAUUAACGUGUUAUUCAUUUAAAAUGAUUUCGCGAAAUAUAUUAACGAGAUGUGGUGGCUUUCACGCGCGAUUUCAAAACUUUCGUUGAGAAUAUUUCUAGAAUUGCAGUUUUGCGUAGUUGAAUUGCCGCAGUUGAAGAUUUCGUUGUUUGACCCAGUUUUUCUAACGACUAUUUUUAAUUUUACGUAUUUCGCAAAAUUCGAAUAGCGCUUGAAAUCGCCUAAAUUACUAUGAAAAUGACAUGAUAAUGGUAAUUUAGUCGCAAAUCUCGGUGGACCGGAAUAUUGGCGGCCGACUUCGACCCGUGAAAGCUCCACAGGACAUUGCACUGCCGCAGUUGACGAUCAGCAUGCCCGAGGUUCAUUUUCUUUCUUUCAAAGUUGUAUGAAGAACAAGUUUUUCGACUUUACUACUUUGAUUUUCAGAGGAAACAGGGUUUUUUGACAGCUUUUUCCGUGAAAUUUUCAGAUUUUUGAGUUUUUUUCUGAAAAAAAAAUGACAUUUUGAGAAUGAAGCUCAGUGUGUAUGCCGUUUGUUUUGCGAAUUUCAAAAUAACCGUCAGAGAGAGAAAAAUAGAACUGCAUUUUGGAGAGUCAGAGAAAGUUUUGAAUUUUGCCGAAAUUAAUUUGAACACGACAUAGAAAUCUUUCAGAACUUUUGAGAGUAAUUAAGAGAGAUUUUAAUCUAAAAAAAACACCAUAGAAACAGUUAUGUAGAAUAAAUAACAAGGUGGGUUUUUUUUUCUGAAAAUAUAGGCUUUUGAAGUCUAUACCAACGCUCUUUCGAGGCUGUUCCUUUGAAAAGGUCCUUUUUUAAAAAUAAUGAGAUUAAGAAAAAAAAAGAAGGUCUUAUUGUCGAGAAAUAAGUAAGAAAGAUUUUUUUAUUUUUUUCGAUGGUUUUUUUCGUUUGAUACGUUUUUCAAAUUAUUUUCAAAUCAAAAAGAGAAGGCCAAUAUUUUUUUAAAAGUGACUAGGAAAACGAAAAGAAAAAUGUUUUUUUAUCCAAAAAAAUGAGAGUUCGUUCUUUUUGGUAAAAUCGUUCAUAAAGUUACUCUUUUUUCUCAAAUUGGUCAAGUUAAUUCAAUUUUGAUGGGAAUAUUUCCAAAAACAAUCGAUUUCAGGACGAGAAAGUGAUGUUGCUGGUGGAAUCGCUGUGCAACGUCGUCCGGAAACAGGACAACUUCCACUGGUUCCAGAUUUACAGGCGUUCCUUAAAGGUCAAGGUCAAGACCUGGGCCCAGUGCUAUCUCUCCAGGGUAUCCUUGAUAAGAAUCAUCAGUGAUCAUAUUCCGGAUUCGAGGUUCUGAACGAAGAAAUGAAUGCGGUGGUGAGGGAGAGGAACGAGGAAAGAUAUUGGCCGCUUUGGUCGACCCUGGCUCCCAACACGGCGACCCUCGCCCUCCAGCACAUUUUCGAGGUAAUUUCCUCCUUUCAGGAUUUUUUAGAGGUAAAAGUACACGGAAAACUCCAGAAGUUUAGGUUGGGUUAAAAUUUGAAAGUAUUCUAAGUUAGAACAUUUUUGUAAGAAACCUGCAAAGUUUGCAAAAAUCAUAAAGAUCUCUGAGCCCACAUAAUAGAAGAAAAAAGUGCUUAGUUUUGAAAAACAUUAAUUUCAUAAGCUCUUUUAUGCUGGGGUUUUUAACAUUCUUCGAUUAUCUAAAACCAAAAUUAUCAAAUUUUGUUCUCUAAACGAUUUUAAGUACCCUGAAGUGAGCACUCGAGAAGCAAACUUUUAUUCUGAAUUUAUAUGCUCGUUUCAUUUAACGGAACUUUCAAAGGCAGGCCGAGUCAACGACUUGGUGAAAAAAAAAGGUCUCAAAUUUUCUAAUGUACACUUUAAAAACGUUCGAAAUUCCUUAAAUAGCAACAAGGAUUAGAAAAAUUAGAAAACUGAACAAAAAUAUUUAGAAUACUCAACCCUUCUUCAAAAAGGCUUGAAAUUUAAGAAGAAAAAGUAAAAUAUAAUAUUUUAUUUUCUCAGAUAUUGUAGAAAUUUGUCGGAACUUUAUUGAAAAAAAGGAGAAAAAAAUCAUUUCGAACGUCACAUGAAAUAACGAUAAUUCUACUUUUUCUAGAAAGCUCGUGAGCCUCUCAACAAACUCGCCUCGAAAAUCUACCUUCCCGUCGAAAUCCCCGAACGCGACCGCAAGGAAUUCACAGCCGAAAAGCGCCUGAAACUCACUGUUUGUGGAUUUUGACUAGAAAAAUGGAUUAUUUUCUUGUGGCAGGGCAAGGAUCGACUCGAAUCACGCUGCCGUCGUCGAUCACCGGCAGCGAGCAGUACAAACUUUUUGAGGUCUUUUUUUCAUUAAAUAUUGUUUUUUUCAUAACAGAAAAAGCAUGGCCUACUUACAGAAAAAAAACGUCUUUAUUAACUUUAAAGUUUUUUUAAUAUAAAAUUUAAAAAAAUAUUAUAAAAUAACGCUCAAAUUUGAGAAGUAAACAAGAAUAUGAUUUUUUUCGAUUCGCCUCUUUUUUUAUUCUAAUUAUUUUUUUGAAGCAAUUUUUCCAAUUUUUUGCUUUUUAUUGUGUCAUUUAUUAUCAUAUAUUGAAAAAUUUUUUUCACUCAAUCUAACAGUCCAAGCAUUAAAAAAAAAGUUUAAAAAAAAAUCUUAAAAAUCGUGUUCUACAACGUAUUUGAUUUAGAGAAAAUUUCACCCUAACGCUCAUUUUUCCAACUCAUCCCUAAACCCAAAUGGCGCAGAACAAGUCUGCGCCUAAACAGUAAUUCCAGUAUCAUGUGGAAUUUUCCAACCGAGCAACUUUUUUCAGGCGAGAAUGAGGGCUCUGCUCUUGGAGCCGACUCGUUUGGUCGUCGCCCGAGAGAGACGACAGGACGAGGAACGAAGACUCACUGUGAGUAUCAUUAUUAUAUUAUAUUUCAUUUUUUUUUUCUUUGAGAUUCUAGCAUCAACAUCUUUUUUUCCAAAAAUAUUUAAUUUUGAAAAUAAUGAAAAUAGAAGUUCAAAGGAAAAUGGAAAAAGAUGUUUCAGAGAGACGUCCAGUUGGAGGAGCGACUAUUGGAAGAAGAUGAAAUCGAUCCGGACACUUUUGUCAAGGUUUUUGACCAAAAAUUUCUUGAAAAAAAAUAUAUUGAUUUUUUUCAGAAUGCUAUGGAUGACCAAGAGGAACCGGAAGAGAUCAAAACGAUUUUUGGAGGUGCGGAGAAGUUUAAAAAAAUUUUUAAUUAAGUUUUUUUCAUAGGAUAACAUUUUUUUCACUCGAAUCCAGAUAAUUUUUGAUCAUAUUCGGUCAUUCUUUUGAAGUUUUUGCAUCGGAGCUUAUAUCCCAAGAAAUUUUUUUCGAAAAAGUUGGUAUUUCAUGAAAUUUAAGUAGUUGUUAAUCGGUUGUUCGGUUCAUUAAAAGCUUUGAAGCAAUUUUUUAAACCUAAUAUUGAUAUUAUCCACUGUUAUUUAAGAUUGCUGAUAUUGCUUCAAAAAUUUUACUAGCAGGGUUGAUUGAGAUGCGCUUUUUUUGGAAUCGAGAUUUUUCGAGGGAAAUUUUAAGAGAAAAAAAAAUGGAAAAAUCGCAGGUUUCGAUUUAAAAAUAGAUAUUUUUUCUCGAAAUCGUUUCGAAAAAAUAGGAUCUCGCAAGAUCGAAAAAUUUCGAAACGUCAGAAUUUUACCUAGAGACGAGAUCGAAGUCUCGAAAAACCCUACUCGUCGAUUAGUAAAAAAGAUUUUUUUUUAUAUUUUGCGAUUGAUGAAAGAUUGAUUAAAAAAUUUCUCAGAACGGAAUGAACUUGGAUAUGAGCCUGCUCCACGAAAUCUUCCCGGAUACGGUCAAUGAUAGCGUCACUCGCAACAAACGCAUUUGUGACGCGGUUGACGAGGUUCGCUGUUUCUUGAAAAGAUCAAAAAAAGAAAAGAUGUCACAAAAUGAUCAUCUGCGCUUUUCCAUUUUAAAUUUUUGAACCUUUAUCCGAAGCUUCGGAAAAAAUGGGUCUUUUUGAAACGAAUUGAUUACAUUUGGCCGAAAUCCAAAAAAAAAAAUACUUGAGAAAAAGAUUUAGUUCCACCAAUCUUUCAAAUUUUAUCUCAAAAGUCUACUCAAAUUUUCUCAUUUUUUUCUUCCCAUUUAUUUGAAUAUUUCUGAAACCCUGUUUUUUGUGUAAUCUCCGCAAAUCAGGACUCUUAUUUUCCGAGCAGUUACCUGGAUGAAUGAUAAAAACACUUCGAAUUACGAAAAAAAACGCAAAAUUUUUGAUUGCUCGAAAAAAAGAUCAUCAGUAUUUUGCAGGUUCUGAACAAAACUCGGAAACGUGCCAGGGUGUCGCCAGAAAUAGAAGAGGUGGAGGAGGAGCCGGAAGAGGAAUACAGCUACCUGAUGGAAAUGGUGAAACCUGGAGACGAGACGAAUCCCUUGGAAUGUCCCGAGAAUAUUCUCCAAGACGUCAAAUCGGCGAAGAAGAGGGGACGGAAGCCGAAGGCACAGCAGAAGAAUGGAACAGCUUCUAGAGAACAGCUCCAACUGGGACAAGGAGUCGAGGCUCGUCAACAGCCUGAAGACAGUGCUGAACAUGGACUUCGAACGGGACAACAAGUUGUCUAUGAUCAACAGCAACAGUUUGGAGAUGGUGUUGAACAUCGACUUCAACACGGAGAAGAAAAAAUUGCCUUUUGUGGACAGCAUCAUGCUGGAAAUGGUGCUGGACAUCAACAUCAACAAGGAGAACAGAAAGUUGCCUUCUAUGGUCAUUCACAACCUGAAAACAGUGCUGAACAUCGGCUCCAACAAGCAGAACAGAAAGUUGCCUCCUACGGACAGUCAGAGGCUAGAAUUGGUAUGGAACAUCGGCUUCAACAAGGAGAAGAAAAAAUCGCCCCUUAUGGGAAGCCAUAUGCCGGAAAUGAUGCUGAACCACAACUGCAACAAGGAGAACAUGAACAAUAUGAAGAAGCCUUGAUAAAGUUCGAAGUCGAAGAGGAGGAGAUGAAUGUCGAUCCAACGCCCUUCUUUUCGCCCGCAAGAGAUUCGGAGGAUGAUGAUGUAGUUCUUCUGGACGGUCAGACGGCUGAGGAAUUGCAUCGUCAGUUGGAGGAAGAACAACAGAACGACAUGGAUCAUUAG